AUGACAUCGCCUUUAGCCAUGCAGCCAUUGGGGAUCAAAUCCAGUAUUGUCAGUAAAAAUGUGCCGAACGUCGCCACUGAGAAUGAUGGCCGUCAACAAUCAAUGCCACGUGUCAAUUCUGCUUCUGUGACUGCGGCUACAACGGUUACCGCUUCUACCACAACAACGACUACUGCUACAAUCGAGACUGUGGUGGGAGCAGAAGAGCCUACCAACAAGGAUAAUGUGCCUGACAAAAUAUUUCCCGCUGACGCUGGGAACAUUCAAUCUCUAGUGUUUGAUGCUGAGGAUGUCCGUCACGAUUUGGGGCCACCGGACGAGAAUCAAGUACCGUCUCCUAGCAGUGUUGCUGGUAACAAGCGCAAGAUUACAGGCAACGUUCCAGUCUUUGAGAUCAGGAAAUUGCAUGCCUUUCAAAAGGAUGAAAUGCCAGUCUACUGGAACAUUACCAACCUAAAGCCCAGCAAGGUGACUCGACACUUGCGUUGCCUCCUAUUGGCACUGGAAUCUCGUCCCACUUUUUCUCAGGUUCGCCAGCAGUACUAUCAAUUGCGAGAUCACUUUGUGUAUUUCUAUGGCUUUUUGCAGAUCCAUUCUACUGAGAAAGAACAAAAGGUCAAACUUCAAGCGCUGUUCAAAUCGAUCUUUGACAAACUGCAUGCCCUACUCUCUCUGGCAGACCGUUUGGAGGGUGACGAUGAGGAGGAGCUGGUGACCGAUGACGAGAGCGAGAACUGGUCGGAGCUAUCUGAUGACCCCAAGCGCCGACGUAUUGAGUAA